AUGCUCGAGGAAAUCGGAGAACACCUGUCUACCCUCCGUCGAUAUCCUCGACUCUACCCCGAUAACAAAAUUCUCCAAGAAGCCAUGGUGGAUAUUUUCCAGGCGAUUGUCCAGUUCUGCGUCAAGGCUCGGAAUGUCUUCCACCAGGGCAAAAAGCAUCAGAAAGGUGUCCGCGCAUUUACCCCCGUGGGUCUUCAUACGGCAUGGAAACUCAUCUGGAAACCGUUCAACUCCCAGUUCGGCAGCAUUGUCGGAGACAUCAAGUCAGCGAUGGCUCGUAUCCAGCACGAGGUUGAGAUCUCCGAGAAAGAACUUGCUAGUGAAGAGAGAAGCAAGGCGGAGCGGGAGCGCCAGCGACAAACAGAUCGUUGGGAUAAACUCGAAUCGAAUCAGAGAUCUGUCACCAAGUACAUCGACCAGCAGAGGAUUACACAGGUGAACAACUGGCUUGCGCCCGUGAAUGCCGCCUCGAACCACAACGCGGCUACCAAGUUGCGGCACGACGGGACAGGUGUCUGGUUUCUUGAAAGUAGCCCCUUUCAGAACUGGCUGUCGACAGGGAACUCGUUUCUCUGGCUGCAUGCAAUUCGUAAGAGAUUUGAGCCAUUAUUCAAAAGCAUGUGA